AUGGCAGCUGCUUCUUCGCAUUUCUGUGUAGAUAAUAAAAUCAAGACUCCAUGCCACGAACUCACCAGAAUCUGUCGAUUCUGUCACGUGCAAUCACACUCAUUCAAUCGAAUUGGAAUUGAAGGUAUUUUUUGCAGAACAAGGAGAGCAGUAUUGAGAAGUAACCAUAGCAACAAAAUCGAAGCGGUAUUUGAUAAGAAGAAAGAGAAAGAGAAGCGAAAUCGUGAUGGAGAAGGGAAGAAUUUUAGUUGCAUUAUGAAAUUUGGAGGAUCAUCGGUGGCGUCAGCGGAGAGAAUGAGAGAAAUUGCUGAUUUGAUUCUCAGUUUCCCUGAAGAAAGGCCUAUUGUUGUCCUCUCUGCUAUGGGCAAAACUACUAACAAGCUUUUGCUGGUUGACUUGUGGUGCGUUCAGGCGGGAGAGAAAGCUGUGAGUUGCGGUGUUUCUAAUGCAUCAGAAAUUGAGGAGCUGAAGUGUAUUUUGGUUGCGCUUUUUCCGACAGUUCACUUAGAAGAACUGGAGCAACUUCUGAAGGGCAUAGCUAUGAUGAAAGAAUUGACUCCCCGAACAACAGACUAUCUAGUUUCAUUUGGAGAGUGCAUGUCUACAAGAAUCUUUGCAGCUUAUCUCAAUAAAAUUGGUGUCAAAGCACACCAAUAUGAUGCAUUUGAUAUUGGCUUCAUUACAACGGAUGACUUCACAAAUGCAGACAUCUUGGAAGCAACUUAUCCUGCUGUUGCCAGGACAGUACAUGCCAACUGGAUUGACGAUACUGCAAUUCCUAUUGUAACUGGCUUCCUUGGGAAGGGCUGGAAAACUGGUGCAAUUACUACCUUGGGUAGGGGUGGCAGUGAUUUGACAGCAACAACCAUUGGUAAAGCAUUAGGCUUACAAGAGAUCCAGGUGUGGAAGGAUGUUGAUGGUGUCUUGACCUGUGAUCCUACUAUUUAUCCACAUGCAGAGCCUGUGCCUUACUUGACAUUUGAAGAAGCUGCCGAGCUUGCUUACUUUGGUGCUCAGGAUGUUUACUUCUUUAGCAUGGGGCCAACUGGAUCUAACCGCACUUUUCAUGAAGUUCUACAUCCACAGUCCAUGAGACCAGCUAGAGAGGGAGAUAUUCCAGUCAGGGUUAAGAAUUCCUAUAACCCUAAGGCUCCAGGUACCCUCAUUAGCAAAGCAAGAGAUAAGAGUAAGGCAGUAUUGACCAGCAUAGUUUUGAAGCGGAAUGUCACCAUGUUGGAUAUAGUUAGUACCCGUAUGCUUGGUCAAUUUGGGUUCCUUGCAAAGGAACUUGACAAUGUAGUGCAAGAGCUUGAAAAAGUUGCCAUUGUAAAUCUCCUGCAGCAAAGAUCGAUCAUCUCUCUCAUUGGAAAUAUUCAGCAUUCUUCAUUAAUAUUAGAAAAGGUGAACAUCUCUUUGAUAGUAAACGAUAGUGAAGCUGAAAAAUGUAUUAAGGCCCUUCAUCAGUCCUUCUUUGAGAGCGGUGAUCUGCUCGAGUUGAUGCCAUACUGCAGGUUUGGAAAUGGCUCUCCUUCCCCAUUGCAAGGAUUCAUAGCUGAAAGAUGCUUUGAAGUUCUAUCCUCCAUCAAAUCAACCAUUUGGUCUGCACUUCGUGAAUUUCCCUCGGCUUCUAUAUUCAGGGAUCGUGGCUGCAUCCUGUUUAUCUCCUCUCUAGUGUAG